AUGGAAGCUGAGCCUUGUGGAGAGGAGCUCGAUACAGUAUGUGGGAGUAGUUUGUAUCAUAAAACAAAUUCUUCUACAACACCUACUACGACCACAGAUGCAACAACUACCACAACCAUAACCACCACCACUUCAGCGAGAUUUGUCCUCCACACAGAGGGCUUGACCAACUGCCCCUCAAACACAGUGCCGGUUCUCAACGAAUCUGCCUGCCGAGAAGCCGCAACGGCUCUUGGUUACACUCUCGCGAACGCAGAGGACACGAACCAGUGGCCGAACGGUUGCUACAAAUGGACCCGUCAACCGGAGCUUUACUUCAACUUCAAUGCUGGAAGUGGCAACCUGGAGGCGCAGGUCGUAUGCGAGACAAUGGACACAGUCACCACGACCACUACGACCACAACCGCAAACACAACGACAAGCUCAGCGACCACUCUGUUGUUCAGCCUGCUUACCGAAGGCUUGACCAACUGCCCCUCAAACACGGAGCCGGUUCUCAGCGAGCCCGAUUGCCGAGAAGCGGCUACAGCUCUGGGUUACACUUUUGCGAACACGGAGGACACGAACCAGUGGCCCAAUGGUUGUUACAAGUGGACCCAGCAACCGGAGCUUUACUUCAACUUCAAUGCUGGAAGUGGCAAUCUGGAGGCACAGGUCGUCUGUAAGGAAAGCACUUCCACUACCCCGAAUACGACAUCCUCCGUUCAGCCUGGCGAAUGCAUCGUCACCUCUGCGGAAUACGUUUGCACGCCACGCAAGUUUUGCGAAUGGCAAAGCGAGGCACAGCAGUUGGGACCAAUGAGCUUGGAAAGCUGUAAGGUCGCGUGUUCCCAGACUGCUGACUGCAAUGCUAUCCAGUACGACUGCAACACCGACUGCUGGCUGCUGAGGGCAUGUGGCGCGUUUGUGGACACCAUCUGCGGCAGUAGCGUUUACAUCCGCGAUCGGAACUGGCUGUGGGGCACAACCACAACGACAACAGCGUUUGGGCAAUGUUAUCCUUCCACAACGCCGGAUGCGAUGCCAAAUCUAGACACUCAGUGGACCUGCACGCCCACCGUCUACUGCACAAACCAGGCUUCGGCAACAAGGUACGGAGCAAUGUCUCUUGAUCGUUGCAUGGCGCUUUGCCGCGCGGUCGGAUGCAGUUUCAUCCAGUUCGACUGCAAUUCCGAGUGUUGGCUCAUGGAUGUUUGCGGUACAUUCGAGACGAGCACAUGUGGCAGCAGCGUUUAUGAGAAAUCGGGCACAGAAGAAUAUCCCUACUUUGCAAUCAGUGACGCCGGUCCGUACCGCAGUGACCGUUUCAGUGCUUCCUUGUACGUCACCUACAGUAACGCCUGCUCCGGGGAUGACUGCAUCGUCGUGGCCGUGUGCCCUAUAUCACCAUCGAGCAACCUCCAGACCACGGUUCUGAAGUGCCAGACUAUCCCACCAGAUUCGGGUGACGGAAUCUCGGUAACUGAAGUGAACUGCACCGCCAAGGGAGGUGACGAGUCAGUGAUCAUGGCCGAAGCGAUCUGUGUCGAAUCCGACUCCUUGAGCACACUCGUUUCGACAUCUGGGUAUGGCGAAGGCGAUCUUCGUGCGACAUGCCCUGAUGGCUACUAUGCUUUUUCCUGCAACUGCUUCACAGCCUGGAAAGUGAGCUUAACUUGCGAUGGCUAUGCGUCCUUCGCUCCCAGAAUGAGCCCCCCGGUCUGGGGCGAUCCAUUGAGUAGUGCUUCAUGGACGGGUCUUUUUGAAGAUGCCAUGGCAGACCCUUGGACUGUGGGCUGGCAUCGUAUCCAGUACGCACAGCCCUACUGGGGUUCUGCAGAAUGCCAUCUCUACAGUGAGCCGGAAGCCGUCUCCCACCGAAGGCGCGGUGUGGGCACCGUGCAGGCGCAGCUCAGCGCCCUUUGUGUGCGCGGCAUGGGCAGAAGCGACGGCGACGUGCCCACGGUCAGGCUCAGCUACCGAGGAGAAGGCGAUUUGUGGCCUCUUCCAAACGCGACUGGGACAGAGACGCAGUACUGUGGCUGGGCCACGAACACGAAAGUGACCAUUCUUCGGACAGAGUGCAAUCCGUGGAUGCAGACUGUCAGCUCGGAUGGCGGAUGCUCUAGCUCGGAGUGCCACAAUCUGGCGUCUUGCGUCCGCAUCUGCAACUCCUGUGGCUUCUGCAAUGGAAUCUUCUAUCGUUUGGAUCAAGAUUCGUCAUCAUCGUUUCAACGAUGCUAUUUCACGGGGAACUUCGGAGUCGAGAGUGGGGAGAGCAACGAGUGGAACUAUGGCUGGGGACAGUCCCCCCAGAGGAGCCUUUAUACGGAUCACUUGCCCGAUCCGACGAGUGCUGCAUGGGCCCUGUAUAUCAACACCAGGGAUGCCCGAUGUCAGAGGGACGAUUAUACCAUCUCGGGGGUCACCUUCUUUGAGGAUCCACACUGUACCAAGAUCAUGGUUCCGAGUUCGAUGAACGUGUCUGGUGGUGGUCAGACAGAACUCCCAGUCGACUUCGGCGACUGGAGGAAUCGGCUUGAGAAGAUAAGCUUCGGUGACUGCUACACGGAAAUGCAAGCUGGGAGGAAAUGUGAUGUGGAGUUUACUGCUGCGUUUCCACCAAAUAGCACGGCGCCCCUUUGCGCCAUCGUGCACAGCAGCUGGCUUUUCGGCCAGGGCCACAGCUCAGACUUUGGUGAAUCUCGGGGAUGGUAUCUUGCGGCCUAUGAUCAGCGGCAGGGUCGUGUGCGCCAUGGGACCGUGGCUUUCGAUGUGGAGGGCACCCAUAUUCACAUGCCGGCGAUGCAGUGGUGGUUUCGUCAGAACGCCUCGGAGCCGGGAGAGACGAUCGUGCUGUCAUCCUGGAUGGAAUUCAAGUGCUGGGACAGCGUUGCUGAGCCUUGUCCCAGUGAAGGCAUGUUUCCGCCGAUCGAGCAAUACAUUCGGGAGGCUCUCGCUUCCAUGCUGGCACUGCCACAGCACAUGAUAAGCAUUCGGGCAGGAGAGUGGUGGCGCCGAUUGUCCCAGCAGCCAGAUGCGCGACGGCUGCAGACCUUCGAAUACAGAUACAACAUGACGAUCCAUCUCUCAGUGGAAGAUCCUGUUCAAGCUUCCCUCCUUCCAAGUCUGGUUGCUACCCUCGAGGACAUGCGGAGGAACUUCUACGCGCUUUCGGACGUGUUCAAGACCCGCCUACGGCACAAUGGCUUGCGAUUAUUCGACACCGCACAGGUUAUGCGGGACACGGUUGUAUUCUGGAUUCCCCCGGCGACAUUGACUCCCUUUCCCACCACACCGUCACCAUCGCCGUCACCAUCGCCUACACCAUCGCCUACACCAGUGCCGUCGCCCGAAGUACCUGUGGAGUCUGAAGAGGGUAUAUCAGACGGCGCGCUUGUGGCAGCCCUCGUGGGAAGCAUUGUCGGAACGGGCGUCCUGGGUAUUUCAAUCGGAGUUUUUUGUUUGAAGAAGAAGAAGAAGAGGACAGCACCGGGCUAUGUGGGUGGGCCAUCGGCUGUGGUCAUCGGUAGCAAAGCAACGCUGCGCUCAGACAGCAAGGAGCUCGUGGAUCCUUUGAAUGAGAUGGCCAUGAAGAGCCUUCCAAGCUACUGGACCGGAGGCCGCGAGAGCGCGGACCUGGAGGAAUCCAACGUCAGGGAGGACCUUUCCUUCGAUGAGCUUCUUUAUGUGAAGCACGAGCACAUGGAGUUCUUCCAGGAGUUGGUCAACCACACUUACCGGCAGAUUACGACGCAGGAUCGUCUAUGCCCGACGGGCACGCACGACAAGACCAGGGGUGGAUGCCCUUGUGUGCAGCCUGGUGGUAAUCCCGGUCUACCGACAGGCUACCAGAUCAAGCGCGUUAUCCGCGUGGAAGACUCUUCCAUGUUCACUCGCUACAUCGACAGACGGGAACAGAUCAAAAACUCCCGGUCGUCCUGCGAAGCUCCGGAGCCCACAAUUUUCACGCGUGCAGCCAUGGAAGCCUCCCGGGGGUUGACUGAUAUCCUGUGUGAUGUCGAUGACAGCAUCAACGAAGUCUACCUCUGGCACGGCACACAAGUGCGAACUGGCCUGAAGAUAGCUCAAGAUGAUUUCAGCCUCAAUUAUGCAGGUUCGGGGGCUGGCACGAUGUAUGGGAAAGGCUUGUACUUUACGGAGAGCUGCACGAAGGCCGACGAGUAUGCAAUGGAUGAGCCGGGUGGACACUACGACAGCGUUAGGGGCUUGCUCUUGUGCCGGGUGUGCUUAGGCAACUUCCACUACACCUUGGAUCGCGAGCCAUCUGCCAUUGACAAGUACAGGAAUGGCGAGUGUGACAGUACGAUUGGAGAUCGUGCAAAGGCCGUAAAUACUUACCGAGAGAUGGUGGUCUACGAUCGGGACCAGGUGUAUCCAGAAUACUUGGUCCUCUACGAGCGGCUUCAGAGGGGGGAAACUCCCGAGCUGCCGCCGAAAGAUGUGCCUUUCUUGCUGGAGCUGCCGCUGUAUUGGAAAAACGUUGGCCGCAAUCCGUACACGGAAGGCUUCCGAGAACACUGGAUAGUGAAACCAAUGAUCCGCAACCUCAUUCAGCGCUUGGCCGAUGGGUCAUGUGGAAGGGACGGUGGAGCGCCAAAGGUGGUCCGGGCAAGGCGCGUCGAGGACUCAAACCUUUGGUGCCGCUACAUUGACUGGAAGCGUUCUUUGGGUGCACAGCUCCAGGCCAACGGCGACCUCAGAUGUACACCUCCCAAUGAGCUCGACGGAAACCCGGAAUCCGGCCAUGCGCUCACGGCCACCAUCCUCGAAGAGUUCCAUGGCGACGAGGCCAUCUCUGUAGAGAACAUGGCACCGGGUUUGAAUGAGAUGCUUCUGUGGCACGGGACCUCGCAGAAGGCAGCAGAAGCCAUUGCCGAGGAAGGUUUCGAGGUCAAGAAGAGUGGCACACAUGGUCGCCGCUUUGGCCAUGGGGUUUACCUUGCAGAGGACUUGAACAAGAGCCUCAGUUAUUGCUCUUCAUCGAACAAUGUGAAAUAUGUUCUUCUUUGUCGAGCAGUCUGCGGCCACAUGUACUACACCGAGAAGCACUGGCACUCUGAUGCGACGAGCGAAGCUACAACACGUGGGAAACACUGCGUGUUGGCGAAUCCAGAUCGUUCUGGCCCUAGAGAGUAUAUCGUGUUGCAAGAGUCACAUGUGUACCCGGAGUACAUCGUGGAGUUUGAAGACUGA